UGCGCAUGCGUACUGUUGUCAAACUGAAAGCGAGUGGCAUUAGCUCCUGUGACGUGACAAGCGUUUUUAUUGGGGAACGUGGAAGACAAACGUGCAAUGUUUAGAAGAAAAUUGACCGCCUUAGACUAUCAUAGUCCCGGUGGAUUUGACUGUACAGAUGAGACCCAGUUCAGGAACUUUGUAGUGUGGCUAGAGGACCAGAAGAUUCGACACUACAAGAUUGAAGACCGAGGCAGCCUGCGAAAUAUCCCCAGCUCGGACUGGCCCAAAGCGUACCAGAAGUAUUUGCAGGACGUCAACUGUCCUUUUGGAGUGUCUGAGAGAGCGGAGGCUGUGGACUGGCUGCUGGGUCUGGCCGUGCGAUAUGAAUAUGGAGACAAUGUGGACAAAUAUAGAAAUUGUCCAACACUGGAAGCCUCCAGCGAUUGCAGUGCGGCGUCAGACCCUCUCGUCAACCUCGACAGUGACUCGCCGGAUUUCAAAGCGGGCGUGCUCGCCUUGGCCAACAUCCUCAAGAUCCAGCGGCAUGACGAUUACCUGGUGAUGCUCAAGGCCAUUCGUAUCCUCAUCCAAGAAAGGCUUUCACCAGAGGCCAUCGCCAAAGCCAGCAAAAACAGAGAGGGUGUCCCAGUAGCUUUAGACAAGCACACCUUGGGAUUUGAUACUGGUGAUGCCACGCUGAACGAAGCAGCACAAAUCCUACGUCUGCUACACAUCGACGAGCUGAGAGAGCUUCAGACCAAGAUCAAUGAAGCCAUCGUAGCAGUCCAAGCUGUCAUUGCCGACCCAAAAACAGACCACCGGCUGGGCAAGGUCGGCAGAUGAGGGCCAUGAAGGAAGUUCUGGAGGACUGGCGUUCAUUUCAAAGUCUGUGGUUGACACCAGUUUUUUCUUCUGUGUCACUUUUUUUUUUUUUUUUUGUGCACAUUGCUAUCUUCCAAGACUUUGUUCUAAAAGUGAUGCAGCCAUUUGUUCUGAUUUAGAAAACACUAGUGUGAUUUUUUUUUUUUUUGGUUCCCUUUUUUGUGUGCUUCCACAGAGCGGCAAAAUA